AUGCAUAUGAUUCAACGAGUUUCAAGUAUUGGAUUAAGAACAUUAAGAUCAUCAAAUAUUGGUUCAAUUAGAUCUUUAAUUGUUCUUCCGAUAUUAUCUAUCAAACCAACAUACAUUAGACAAACACAAGCGCAAAUCAACUUGAAACCACAAGCAUUAUUGUUAAAUCUUCUUCUUCAUCAUCAUCAUCAUCAUCAUCAUUACUAUUCUACAAAAACAGCUCCACCUCCACCUCCACCUCCACAACCACCACAAGAUAAAAAUGCUAAAGGAAAAAAAAUUCUUAAUAGAAUAAAUAGAGCAUUUACAUUUUCUUUAUCUACUUUAUUAGUUGUUGGAGCAGCAGGAAUUUCCGUAUUAGUUGUAUCAUUAAUAUUAUCAGAAUUAUUUUUACCAUCAGGAGAUACUAGAACAUUCAAUAAGGCAGUUAAAUUAAUUGAAAAAAAUGAACAAGCACAAAAAGCUCUUAAUUUCCAACUGGGUCAAAGAUUAAAAGCUUAUGGAAUAGUAUCAGCUGAUAAAUGGGUUCGUAAUCGACCAGUUCAAAGUGUUAAAACGAAAAGAAAAGAUGGUAAAGAUCAUUUAAUUAUGAAAUUUCAAGUUGAAUCGGAUAAUGGGAAAUAUGGAGUUGUUUCAUUAGAACAAAUUGAUAAUUCUAUGUGGAAUACUGAAUUUGAAUAUAUUUCAUUAGAUGUUCCUGGGUUUAAAAGAAUUUAUAUUAUUGAACCACCGAAAAAUCAAUUGAUUCCGAAAAUUGGUGGUGGUUCAGGAUUUUUAGGACUUAAUUGGGGUCCCAAAAAGGAUUAA